AUGCAGCUCGCACCCAAGGAGGUCGACAAGCUCAUCAUUUCGCAGCUUGGCCUGCUCGCACAGCGUCGUCUGGCCCGGGGUGUCAAGCUGAACCACGCCGAAGCCACUGCACUCAUAGCGAACAACCUUCAGGAACUUGUCCGCGAUGGUAGACAUACGGUUGCUGACCUCAUGGCCAUUGGCAAGACCAUGCUGGGUCGCCGCCACGUCCUCCCGUCUGUCGUAAGCUCCCUCAGCGAGCUCCAGAUUGAGGGCACCUUCCCCACUGGCACAUAUCUCGUUACCGUCCACCACCCGAUCAGUACCGAGGAUGGCGAUCUUGAGAAGGCCCUUUACGGCAGCUUCCUGCCCAUUCCUGCCCAGGAUGCAUUCCCCUCGUGGGAUCCGAGCCUGUACGAGCCGAAGAAGCAGCCCGGCGCCGUCAUACCCGUGAAGGGUAGAAUUGUCCUGAACGAGGGAAGGCAGAGGAUCAGGCUGAAGGUCACGAGCAAGGGCGAUAGACCUAUCCAGGUCGGUUCGCACUACCACUUUAUCGAGACGAACCCUUUCUUAGAGUUCGACCGUAUCAGGGCCCACGGGUUCCGCCUCGACAUUCCCGCCGGGACAUCUGUAAGGUUUGAGCCCGGCGACACCAAAACGGUCACGCUUGUCCAGAUCGAUGGCCACCAGGUCAUCAAGGGCGGCAACAACUUGGCUUCUGGCUAUAUCAAGGACUUCUCUAUCGCUGAAGGUCUGGAGGAGCGUCUUAAGGCUGGUGGCUUUCUGCAUGUACCGGAGCCUGCGGGCGAUGCCGCUCACAUUGACAUUGCUUCGAUGGAGCGGCACGCCUACGCAACCAUGUUUGGCCCAACCACCGGCGACCUUGUCCGCUUGGGUGCUACCGACCUUUGGAUCCAAGUCGAGAAGGACUUUACGCAUUACGGCGACGAAUGUUCCUUUGGAGGUGGUAAAUCGCUGCGUGAGGGAAUGGGCCAGGCGGGCGGUCGUGGGGACAGCGAAUCUCUGGACACUGUCAUCACCAAUGCUUUGAUCGUAGAUUGGUCAGGUAUCUACAAGGCUGAUAUCGGUAUCAAGAAUGGCCACAUCGUAGGUAUUGGCAAGGCCGGUAACCCGGAUGUCAUGAAAGGAGUCCAUCCCAAUCUGGUCAUUGGUUCUUGCACGGAUGUUAUUGCAGGCGAAGGGAAGAUCAUAACUGCUGGAGGCUUCGAUACGCACAUUCAUUUUAUCUGCCCGCAACAAGCAUACGAAGCCGUUGCUUCUGGAAUUACAAGUAUGCUUGGUGGAGGAACUGGCCCCAGCACGGGAACGAAUGCUACAACUUGUACGCCCGGCAAGACCCAUAUUCGCCAGAUGCUCCAAGCUUGCGAUGGCCUACCGGUCAAUUACGGCAUUACUGGUAAGGGUAACGAUGCUGAAUUGCUGCCGCUACGGGAGCAAUGCGAAGCUGGUGUAGUCGGUCUGAAGCUUCACGAGGAUUGGGGAAGCACUCCUGCAGCCAUUGAUGCCUGUUUGACCGUGUGUGACGAGUAUGAUGUUCAAACACUGAUCCACACGGACACCCUGAACGAGUCCGGUUUCGUUGAGCAAACCGUUAAGGCGUUCAAGGGGCGUGCCAUUCACACCUAUCACACCGAAGGUGCCGGUGGUGGCCACGCCCCGGAUAUCAUUUCCGUGGUCGAGCUCAACAACGUUCUGCCCAGCAGUACCAACCCCACCCGGCCUUACACGCGCAAUACGCUGGACGAGCAUCUGGACAUGUUGAUGGUCUGCCACCACCUUUCGCGCAACAUCCCCGAGGACGUCGCUUUCGCCGAGUCCCGCAUCCGUGCCGAAACCAUCGCAGCAGAGGACGUCCUACAUGACCUCGGCGCCAUCAGCAUGAUGUCGUCGGACUCUCAAGCCAUGGGCCGGUGCGGCGAGGUGAUAACGCGCACCUGGCACACGGCGCACAAGAACAAGGUGCAGCGCGGGCAGCUGCCCGAGGACCAGGGCACGCGCGCCGACAACUUCCGGGUCAAGCGGUACGUGUCCAAGUACACGAUCAACCCGGCCAUCGCGCAAGGCAUGGGCCACCUGAUCGGCAGCGUCGAGGUGGGCAAGCUGGCCGACCUGGUCGUGUGGGAGCCGGCCUACUUCGGCGUCAAGCCCAAGACGGUCAUCAAGAGCGGCAUGAUCUCGUACGCGCAGAUGGGCGACCCCAACGCCUCCAUCCCCACCAUCGAGCCCAUCUACAUGCGGCCCAUGUUCGCGCCCUUGGUGCCCAGCACCAGCGUCACCUUUGUGAGCCAGGCCUCGAUCGACAACGGCACCGUCGCCGGAUACGGCCUGAAGAAGCGCGUCGAGGCCGUAAAGGGGUGCAGGACGGUGGGGAAGAAGGAUAUGAAGUUCAACGACGUGAUGCCCAAGAUGAAGGUCGACCCGGAGAGGUACACGGUCGAGGCGGAUGGGCAGCUUUGCACGGCGGAGCCGGCGGAGGUGUUGCCGUUGGCGCAGGCGUAUUUUGUGUAUUGA